CACGAUCGAUGCGCCGGACGUGGCGUCAUUCUCCUUCGCCCCUGUCUUGAUAACCUGUCCCUUGCUCCUAACUCCGACCUCAAGUCCUUUCUAAAUAAAACAAACGGACAAACGUCUCUCUUUGUGUGAGUGAGUGUGUCUCAUUUGUUUGUGUGUGUUUGUGUGUGGUUUUUAUUUGUCCGUCUCCCUGUUGGACCUGUGACCCCAAUUUCAGUGGCAUACUAAGUCUCUGGCAAUAUGUCAUCAGCACAUGAUGUAGAGACUCGUCUUGAGGAGAUGGUCGAGGUAGCACAAUCUCUGGCCGAAGAUCUCAACACAACUCUGGGCAAGAAAAAGAGAAAAUCAAAACCAGCUGAACCUUGUCGAUGGAUACAACGGGAUGAAGACGGCAACAUUGUUUCAGAAACUGCAGAUGAUGCAGAGACUCAUCUUGAGGAGAUGGACAAGGUAGCACAAUCUCUAACCAAAGAUCUCAACACAACUCUGGGCAAGAAAAAGAGAAAAUCAAAACCAGCUGAACCUUGUCGAUGGAUACAACGGGAUGAAGACGGCAACAUUGUUGCCCAAACAAGCAAUAUGUCAUCAGCAGAUGAUGGAGAGACUCAUCUUGAGGAGAUGGUCAAGGUAGCAAAAUCUCUAACCGAAGAUCUCAACACAACUCUGGGCAAGAAAAAGGGAAAAUCAAAACCAGCUGAAACUUCUCAAUGGAUACAACGGGAUGAAGACGGCAACAUUGUUUCCCAAACCAGCAACAUGUUAUCAGCAGAUGAUGCAGAGACUCAUCUGGAGGAGAGGGUCGAGGCAGCACAAUCUCUGAUCAAAGAGCUCAACACAACUCUGGUGAAGAAAAAGAGAAAAUCCAAACCAAAACCAGCUAAACCUUAUCGAUGGAGAGAACGGGAUGAAGACGGCAACAUUGUUGCCCAAACUAGCAACUCCCCCUCAUCAAACUCAUGUGCGAAACGGGUCAGAUCAUCCACUCCCAGUGUUCCUGAGGGGAACCAGUAACAACUUUCACCAAAGCUUAAGACAGUCAUGUAAGAUGAAACUAAAUCAAUUACUUGAACACGUUUCAUCUAUCUGCAUUGCUAAUGUGCAGAAACUGUAGUUAAUAACCGUAAUGUUCAUUAAAGGUUCACCUGCAUUGAACAGUGGACAUGGUCAAAG